AUGAUCGAUCUUGAACUGCUGAAAGAUCCAGUGAUGAUGUUGCUUUGCGUUUCGAAUCUACUUGGAAUGAUGGGAUUUUACAUCCCAUUCGUGUUCCUGAAAGAUCUAGCUCAUUCACAUGGAACAAAUUCGAGCGAUAGUCGAUAUUUAGUACCAACAAUUGGUGUGACCAAUACAAUCGGAAGGGUUUUCUUUGGAUGGCUAGCAGACAGAGGAUAUGUUUCAGCUCUAGCUAUUAAUAAUUUUUCUCUACUAGCUUGCGGUAUUUUAACACUUGCUGCUCCGCUUCUGCCUACUUUCUCACUUCAAAUGACUUACGCGGCAUUGUUCGGCUUCAUCAUUUCUGCUUACGUAUGCUUGACCUCGAUCGUGUUAUCGGACCUUCUAGGACUCGAAAAGCUAACAAACUCGUUCGGCCUUCUAGUAGUGGCGAGGGGUAUCGCAUCUCUAGCCGGCUCUCCAUUUGCUGGCAUGGUAUACGAUGUUACUAAGUCCUACUCAGCAACAUUCUACUUCGCUGGAUUUGUUAUUGUUAUUUCUGGUUUGAUCUCAUGUGCUAUCCCAUUGGUACAUAAAUGGAAGAGAAGUCAUGGAGAAAAUGAAGGUGAUACUAAAGACAUGGACAAUGUAUCCGGGAAGCUGUCGGUAUUGACGGAACGUUCUGAAGAAAAUCUAACUGAGUAUCAGAGGACCAUACAGAGUCUCAGACAACAGCAUGCUCUACUCAAAGGUUAG